AUGGCUCUCAAUUGGGACGCAUUCCUCAAUACUGAGAGUCUGAAUAUACCGCACGACCAAUGGUCCGAUCUUUCAGCACCUACAACAGGCCGUCCGUCUUCUGAUAUGCCCAAGUCCAUCUCUUCGCAGACUUCAGGGUCCACGCCUGAAGACGCCACUGCCUUCGACACUCUGCUCAACGGCACAUCAGCCGACCCUUACUUCGACGACUCUCUGUUCAUAUCGAAUGACUACUUCCUGAGCGACCUGGAAGUGCUACAGCCGUAUGGCAACAUCGUCGCCGCCGGUGGUUCAACAACAGAGUCCUCACCCGAGCCUUCCACCGCUGCUGCCAAUCUCUCCACUUACCAGACCCCCGCAUCUAUGUCGACGGCGUCGAAUCAGUCACCCCAGAUGGCGUCACUGCGAAGGCAGUCAGUACAACGUGCCAACACGUUUCCUAAUCCCGCUUAUGAAUCCAUGUUCCCCAACAACCUUGAAGCAGGUUUUGUAGAAGACCUGACCUUCCCGAACGGGGUCAAAGAAUCGUCGGCCUCAUCCAAGCCGGUACUUGACAGGACCAAGACGUCUAUUGACACCGUCAAUAAGCGAAACAAGAACAAGCCAGACAUCCUGUCUGCCUGCUGGACAUCGCCACUAUGCCCCAACCAUGACCAGGACGGACCACCACCUAACCCCUCAACAUGCGGCGGAGGUUGCGCUCCCUUCCUGUUUGCCGAUCAGGACAACCUGCCUAACAUCAACAACCUACUUGCUGAGCCUCAAGAGGUUACGGCUGAGGAUGGCAUCGUAGAGAUUCAGCCACGACCGAAGAAGCGGUCCGAGAGCGAGACAUCGACAGGCGAAACCACAGGGCGACAAUUCACCCAGCCCAGCAAGACCGCCAUCGAGCUCGUCGCCGAGGCAAAGCAACGUAUGAAGACUGAGACUACAGAAGACUCUCCAGUCCAAGAAUCACCGCCCGCAGCUACAGAUGAUAAGCCCAAGAACCGCCGUCGACUACCACACAACCAAGUUGAGCGCAAGUACCGUGAGUCACUCAACACCCAGCUCGACUCUCUUAAGCGUGUCGUCCCCUCCCUCCAACAAAACGCUCGUGUAUGCGAUGGCGCCGACAUCGAGGACCUACCAACACCCUCGAAACCCAGUAAAGCUGUCAUCCUUGCCUCAGCAACAGCCCACAUCAAGCAACAAGAGAAGGACAAGAAGGCUCUCGCAGAUGAGAAUGCCCUCCUACGAGCACGGGUCAAGGCACUACAAGCACUUGUCAAGUGCGACGACUGCAGCUUGAUGCAGUAUGUCAUGGAUAUGAAGAUCAACCAAGUCAAGUGA